GGUGAAACAAUUCUUAUCGCUGUUAGAGUGAGCUCAUGAUCAGUUGGAUGUUGAGUUAGGUCACAGGCUAAUCUGGUAAUACCAAAUAAUUUGUAAAAGUCAAUUCUAAUAAAUGUUUUCCCCAUAUAUAUUUCAAUUAUAUUAGCUUUCCCCUUAAACAAAUUAGCUUUCCAACAAAAAUCAUCAAAAAGUCGCUCACCAAGCUGAUUUCACAUUUUUUGGACUGAGUUUGAAAUUCAGAGUUAAAACCUUACAUAGGAGACUCGAACCCUAGGGUUUUCGUUCAUCUCCAGUCACCACUCUCUACUCCUCUUCCCACCAAAUUUAUUUUCAAGUUUUCGAAAGUAGUUGCCUACCGGAUUUGAUCCUCGAAAAUCCAAACCCUCGUCACAUUUCUCUCCUUCUGUCUUUAGAAAUCCCGUCGUCCCUUUCCCGCCAAUCUAAUGUUACAACUAACUUGAUUUAAAACUACAGAGUUCCGUUUCAUGUUGGACUUUUUUACAGAGAAAGAGAGCAAAAGAUGAAUCAAGAAACGUAUUUUCAAUCAGCUUAUCUUGUUGCUUCUCCAUCGUAUCCAAACUCAGUAGCUUGGUCUGAUGAGAAUUUGGUUGCUAUUGCAUCCGGACAUCUUGUAACGAUUCUGAUCUGGUUACCAGCUGUUUAUUGCCCACCUGUCUGUCACGUGAUGCCCGGCCGUGUGUGCGCACUAUCAUGGUCUCGUCUUGGACUGGCUCCUAAUUCUGGGUGCUUGCUCGCUGUUUGCACUACAGAAGGUCGUGUGAAGCUUUACCGCUCACCAUGUUGGGAGUUUUGUGCUGAGUGGAUAGAGGUUAAAGACAUUUCCGACUUGUUGUUUGAUUAUCUAAUAAGUAUCAACUAUGGAGAGGAACAAGCAUUCGAAAAUGACAUAGUGACGGGAUCUUGCAAUGAUCUGCAGAACUCUCGGGUCAGUAAGAAGCGUAAGGGGAAAAUUACUAGUCCAGGAGAUUUGGGUGAUCAACUUUCAUUUGAUUUGACAAAAAAGGAUGAGAACGGUGGCUGUACACAUAGUGCGAAACUAUAUACUACAUGCACAGCGUUGGCCUGCUUCCCAUGCUCCUUAUUGAAAAAGGGAUCGUCUGUAGAGGUUCUUGUACAGAAUGGGGAUCAACGUAUUUGGGUUGGCGGUGUAAUAAAGCGUGUGGUAAAAGCAAAAGCUCUUGUUCUGUUUCGGGAAAAAAUGAAAUAUGGAAAGCAAGAUGAAUGGGUAGAACUGAUCGGCGAACAUGAUAGUGUCCUCAUUGGUAAUACACCUAAUAAGAAUACCUCAUCUCUCGGAAUUCGUCCCUCUAUGGAUGUUGGUAAUCUUCCAGAAGAAAUUGCUUCGGUACAAAGUAAUGAUGUGGAAGGAAUUCUCAGUAUUGGGAAAAAUGUAGAAGCUUGGACGAAUGAGAGGUGGGUGGAAGGUUUAUUUAUGGGAUUUAAUGGCAAUAACCUAACAGUGAAACUUUCGGGUGAUGCAGACUGUGUUGAGUUAAACACUAUGUCGGUUAGAAUGGCGCCGGUAUGGAACGGUGAAAUUAAAUCAUGGCAAGUUACUGUUGUCAAGAUUGAGUCAAGUAAUCGACAGUUGUUGGAGAUAGUUGAGGUGGAACCUCAAAAGGUCAUAGAGAAGUCUCUCAAGAGUACACGAGGAAGUGGCACUCGUUCAUUGUUAAGUGCAGAGAAAUAUGCUUCUCGCAGUUCGAUGUUGUCAUCUGUUAUUGUUGCCUGGUCACCAACCCUGCAUUUAUCAUCUGGAAUUUAUCCAAAUUCUCAAAUUAGACCAUCCAAUGACUGUGCUAUACUAGCUGUUGGAGGGAAGAUGGGUAAUUUUUUUUUCUGGAGAAUCCAUGAACCUCUUUGCUAUUCUGUUGAGCAAAGUACGGAUUCUGUUGAUGCCGUCCUUGUUGGACUCAUUCAGGCUCAUAAGACAUGGAUCACCGCAAUCUGCUGGGAACUUUCUGCUGAAGCUUUAGAACACCAGGUUCUUUUAGUCACUGGGAGUUCUGAUGGAAGUGUAAGAAUUUGGCUGGGUGAUACUGAAGCAAUGCUCACUUCUUCAGAAGUCAAUUCUGCUCCAUUUUCCUUGCUGAAAGAGGUAACGGCAGCUGCUCCUUCUCCAGUAUCAGUUCUUUCAUUGACUUCAAGGUCCACAGGCAAGAUGUCAUUAGCAGUUGGGAGAGGCUCUGGAAUAUCGGAAUUGUGGAUCUGUCACACAACUAAUUGCAAAUUUCAGUUUGCUGGCUUAUACAAUGCACAUGGUCAAGUGGUAACAGGUCUAGCUUGGGCCUUUGAUGGUUGUUGUUUGUACAGCUGUGGCCAGGACAACACUAUACAUUGCUGGAUUUUACAUGGAUGCACUCUCCACAAGGCUCCAAUUCCUUCAAAUACUCUUGGUCCCUGGCCUUCUACUGAUCUUCCUCACGUGUCCGAUUCAUGCCUUGGUAACAAAAUCCCAGAAUCUUUUCUACAGUUUCCCCUGGAAACUUGGUGUUUGUUGUGGCUCGUGGCUUUGAUAGUGCUCUUUUGAAUCCAAUGUAUCAGGCAAGGACUCAGAAGGCAGCUGUAGAAUUCUUUUGGGUUGGUGGGCAGCACCUUGAAGUUUUAUCUGAUGUAACUGAAGGGUUCAAAACCGAACCUUGUCCUGGUCUGUCGCAGAGGGAAAUGAUGUUUUGGGAGUCUAACAUAUUAUUAUCUCUUAAUCAGUAUGAUAACCUAGAUAAACCACUAGUUCUUUGGGAUGUCAUAACAGCAUUAUCAGCUCUAAAGAAGUCCACACCAAAAUUUGCAGAAAAGAUUCUAGUAAAAUGGCUGUCAAGUUGGUUUUUGGACUCCAAUCUUGCCUUUUCCAUUGACAAGAUCUUGUUACAUGCUCGGGAUUCUUUGUCUGAAAUACAUUCCCGCCAUAUUCACCUCCUCAACAUUUUCUGCCGACAGUUGAUGCUAUCUGAACUGAAGGUGGAUACACUUAAUAAAAAGGAUGGGUCGGAAGAGUUGGGUUUUGCUGAAAAUGAGAACCUUAAGUUGUGGUUUCUCUUGCUUACUAGCAAUGAAAGACAAUUAAGAGAAAGGCUUGUCACAUUUAGUUUCACAACUGUACUGAGUCUUGCUUCUUCGUCCUCCACAAAUAAUUCUAAUAUUAAAUAUUGGGUGCCACAUGGAGUUGCACAGAUGGAGCAAUGGGUAGCAAUCGAUCAAGAACAGAUCCGUCUUGCAUCUGAAGUAAGCAAGCUGAACAAGAGCAAGCUCCAUUCGGUUUCUGAAUAUGUUACAAAGGAGCGAUGCAACUUUUGUCCUGCUCCAGUUCCAUUUGAAUCUCCAGAAGUUGAUUCGUAUGCUGGUUCAAAGACCAGCGAUGGAGUACAUAAUCGCCACAAGCUAUCGCGCUGUGCGGCUUCAAUGCAGUUUGUGGAGGACAACAUGUCCCAGUACGACGAUAUGGACAACAUGGGGGAUGAUUAUGAAAUGGAUGAUGUAGAAGACGACAUGGAUAAAGAAUUCCACAAUAUAUGAUUUUGAACCUAAUGAGGAUGACCAAUUGGAAAUUGAUGCUAUUGAUAAUACAGAUCUUCCUCCAAGAUAUGUGAAUAACACAGGUCUUUCUGCAAUAGUUGGAAGGCUUAAUCUGGAUUGGGUCGAUUCUGAUCAGUCGGCUGAAUGAGGCUUUCAUCGUGCAAUGGCUCUUGCUGUAGUGAAUUUUUAGAGAUGGAAGAAAUAUUAUAACUGGUUCAGUGAGCUAAGAUGUAAGAACUCAUUUGGAACAAAUGCAAACACAUAGACUCUUCCAAUGAUUAGAUCGAGUAAUUCAUGCGAAGGUGGUAUCAGAGUUGGAGAUGCCAUUGUUUCUAGGGUUGAACAUGCUAAAUUAUCAGGUGCAUUUGAGACACUGGCAGGGGAUAUGCUUCCUACAACUGAUGAUUAA